AAUAGAAAGAGGUCUUGAAGCGGGGGUGGGGCGGCUGCGUGUUUCCGGAAGACGUGGCGGCUCUUACCUGGGCUGUACCCAGUCUCUUUUCUCCCGGCUCAGCUUCCCACCCUGGGCGUUCUGAGGUGCUGCCAUCACUGCCCUCCCCACUGCAGCCAUGAUCUCCUUAACGGACACCCAGAAAAUUGGAAUGGGAUUAACAGGAUUUGGAGUGUUUUUCCUGUUCUUUGGAAUGAUUCUCUUUUUUGACAAAGCACUACUGGCUAUUGGAAAUGUUUUAUUUGUGGCUGGCUUGGCUUUUGUAAUUGGUUUAGAAAGAACAUUCAGAUUCUUCUUUCAAAAACAUAAAAUGAAAGCUACAGGAUUUUUUCUGGGUGGUGUAUUUGUAGUCCUUAUUGGCUGGCCUUUGAUAGGCAUGAUCUUCGAAAUUUAUGGAUUCUUUCUCUUGUUCAGGGGCUUCUUUCCUGUGGUUGUUGGCUUUAUUAGAAGAGUGCCAGUCCUUGGAUCUCUCUUAAAUUUACCUGGAAUUAGAUCAUUUGUAGAUAAAGUUGGAGAAAGCAACAAUAUGGUAUAACAACAAUUGAAUUUGAAGACUCAUUUAAAAUAUUGUAUUAUUUAUAAAAUCCUUUGAAGAAUAUUCAGCACAAAAUUAAAUUACAUGAAAUAGCUUGUAAUGUUCUUUACAGAAGUCUAAAACAUGUAGCCUACAAAGUACCAACAGCAAUUAGCAAAGAAGCAAUGAAAACAGGCUUCUAAUUCAAGUGAUCUAAGAAGUCAGCAAGCAAACUGAGGGAGAUGAAAUCCAUGUUACAAUGCAUAUGGAAACUCUUGAGGCUAUUUGUAUUGUUUUUCCACAAUGUACAUUUGUGAAACACAGCCAUCCUUAGAGAACUGUGGUGCCUGUUUGUUUUCUUUUUAUUUUGAAGGCUCAGGAGCACCCAUAGGUGUUUGCUUUUUAGAAAUAUCCACUGCAGUGGCAAAAAUAUUUCCAAUUGCACUGUCUCUGAAAGUGAUGCAUGAGUUAGAUUGGAUUAUGACAUUUUAAUGUAUUAAAACCCAAGGAAAACCCAGUUUUGAUGUAUGAAUCACUUUUUUUGUAAACAUGGUUAAAAUAAAACUUUUGUCAUUCUUCUGAAUCUUGAUAUUUUAAAACCAGGUGAAAAUCUAAACUAGAUGUUCUUUGUUGGAGUAUGCAAAGGUUUACUUUUAGGUCCUAAAUUAUAGCUGACUAAGCACUUUUUGGGUUAGCGACACACUUUGGAAAUACUCAUACUUCUUGGGAAUCUGACCUGCUAAGUAUCUAUAUCAUUCAUUACAUGUAAGCAUUUAACAAAAGACACUCUUGACCAUGAAGUAGUCUGUUACAUAGCUUGUUUCCUUGAAUAGUCUUUUAUUUAAGAUACUAAAUGAUGCAAACCAAGUGGAUUUUUCCAUAUCAUGAUGUUUUUUUACUUUUUUUUUAACUUUUUUUAUUUUAGCAGUGGUUUUUAUUUUGUUUUUCAUAAGUUAAAAUUACUAACUAUUGGUAAUGUUUACUUUAAGACAUGUAACAUGUUAAAAGGUUAAACUUACAACUUUUUUAAGGGCUAUUCAUUUAAUCUGAGUUUUCCCUUAUUUUCACCUUUUUCCUGACAUACAAAAAUCAUUAUGCAUGAUAUAUGCUUCAUAUUCACUCUUCAUCUUGAAUUAAUCAAGAAAAUACCUGAGUUCAUAUGCUAAAGUUAUUUCAUUGUAAUUAAACUGGCUAUAGUUUUUUAAAAACAGGACACUAAAAAAAUAAUGUUUCUUUUUCUACAAUUGCCGAUUGACAGUAGGAAACACCAGUUGUUUCUUCUUUAGUUUUCCAGUGGCAGCUUUUGUGGUAGAUACAGAACAAAUUUCAACAGCCAUAGUACUAUUUGUUUUACCACUAAUGAUUGCACUGUUUACUUUUUUUAACAGUUGCAAAGCUUUUUAAUGCAUAAAAUUAUAAUUGAAAUUGUGGUAUUUAUUUACAAACACAUCUACAAAAAUAUAUUACACCUUGUGUUAUUUUUAGUUAAAUCUUGAUGCACAGAGAACACCCAAUCUCACUCAUCUAAAGAAGGAAAGACUUGGUAUAUACUGUAAUGGUUCAGUCUUGUGGAUUACUGUCUUUUUUGGUACUUGCAUUUGACUUAUGAUAUCUGUGAAAAUGCGAUAAUAUUGACAAAUGGAGACUCCUACCUCAAUAGUUCAUGGAAUAAUAAGAGCCUAAUGUUGUGUCUAAUGUUCUUCAAAAGAGUAAUAUCCUCACCUGGGGAGUGUCAAAUAUAUAUACCUUGAGGAUUGACUUCUAUAAGGUGCCCUGUAGAACUCUGUUAUACAUAUUUUUGACUGACCCAUAUUAUUUACAGUGGCUAGAUAAUUCUAUUAUACCUUUUUAGAGCAAGAACAGUAUCUGUUAAUGUAAGGAACAUCUAUAUUAUUUAACUCCUUUGUAGACAUGAAUUUCUAUUGAAAUGUUCUUUGCACUGUUACAGAGAUCCCUUUUUCAACAACUUAGAAAGCAUUAUUGGGCUUGAAAGGACUUGAUAAUCUCCCAGUCCUUAGUAAGAUUGAGAGGCUGGAGCAGUUUUGAGUUUUAAGUGAGUCUGCAAUUAGUAUCAAGUGUGAUUUUGGGACUGCUUGGCAGCAUUGUUAUAUUUCUUAUUCAGAACCCUUGAUGAGGCUCUAUUUUUAAACAUACUAGUCUUCUGAUAGAAAACACCAUACAUCCUGUUGUUUCUUCCUUUCCAAAAUCAGCCUUCUGUCUUUGUGACAAAAAUGUACUUUGAUUAUUUCUAUAGAGAUGGAGGAAAAGGUCUAAUACUACUUAGCCUUAAGUGUUUCUGUCAUUGUUCAAGUGUAUUUUCUGUAACAGAAACAUAAUUUGGAAUGUUUUUCUUUUCCCCUUAAAAAUUGUAAUUCCUGGAAUACUGCUGCUUUAAAAAGUCUCACCAUCAGAUUAUAUUAUCUAACAAUUGAAUAUUGUAAAUACACUUGUCUUACCUCUCAAUAAAAGGGUACUUUUCUAUUAA